GUCAUAGAAUAGAGAGAACGUAAAAACUCAAUUCUCCUCAGCUCUCCUCUACUUGCUUGCUUCUCUCCUAUCUCCUUCGCUUUUCUCGUUCUGCGUCGAAAGAAAGAAAACCCACAAAAACAACCAAUCUCUGUCUCUCGCAUUUUUUCUCUGCGAUUCUAUCACAGAGGUGUUUUGCCAUUUUUACCUUUCUUUCUAUCCCUUUCGAAGGAAUUCUUUUCUUAUACUCUCUGCAGCUGUGGCUGUGGCUUCCUUCUGUUCUUUCGUCGUUUUCGUUACGGCCGUUAAGACACCUAUACGGUUUCGUUUCAUUCAUUUCGUUGCUGAUUCUUUGCGAUUCGUUUAUUGAAGGAGAAAGCAGCUGCAUUCUCGAGAUUUCUUUCGCGUUCUUGUUUUGGGUUGGAGCUCCUCUCCGAGGAUUGAGGAUUUCCCGAGGAACGCAAGAGCAAAACAUUAACAACUUUUCAGACCCUUUUUUGGUUCAUCGUGUUGGCUACAGAGAUGAAAACAUAUAGUUUUCAGGAGCCCAGUGCUUGAUGGACUGCUUGCCAAGCAGCAUUGACAAGAUAUCUCUGAAGAGGUGGUUCUUUAUCGAUAAAAGGGUUGGGUGAAGAGAUAUCUGGCAUUCAAAAAGCUUUGUUAUUUUAUUCAAUUUGCAAGGACAGUCUACUGUUAACUUUGACUUUAUUUGGACGUUAUAAAAAAUACUCUUACGAAUCUGAAUCCGAUGGACCUCAAAUCAAAUCAUAAUGCUCCUGUGCUCACUGAUUCUGCUCCCCUAAGCAAGUCAAGGCUACGCGGGUACCACCAUGGUUUGAUGCUGCCGUACUCACCCUCAGGUGCACCUUUCUCGUCAAAUCUAUUACUAUCUAUUCCUAGGAGGAAAACUGGAGUGCUUGAUGAUGUUCGCUCCUGUGGUUGGCUGGAUGCCAUGAAAUCAUCAUCUCCUACUCAUAAGAAGUUUGCCAAGGAUAUUAACCAUGAGCUUUCCGCACCUGAUCCAGAAGUUGCCUAUCGCACCUGGCUGCUUAAAUAUCCAUCUGCGCUUGCAUCUUUCGAGCAAAUUGCAAACUUUGCAAAAGGCAAGAGAAUCGCCUUAUUUCUGGAUUAUGAUGGUACUCUUUCACCAAUUGUUGAAAAUCCUGACAAUGCCUUCAUGUCUGCUGAUAUGCGUUCCAUUGUAAAGGAAGUGGCAAAAUAUUUCCCAACAGCAAUAAUCAGUGGAAGAAGCCGUGACAAGGUGUAUGAGUUUGUAGGGCUUACAGAACUCUACUAUGCGGGUAGUCAUGGUAUGGAUAUCAUGGGCCCUGUCAGGCAAUCUGUAUCUGACGACCACCGAAAUUGUAUCAAGUCUACGGACAAGCAGGGCAACGAAGUUAACUUAUUCCAGCCUGCAAGAGAAUUUUUACCUAUGAUUGACGAGGUUUAUAGUUCCCUUGUCAGGAUUACCGAAGAUAUUAAAGGGGCAACAGUUGAGAACAAUAAAUUCUGUGUCUCUGUACAUUACCGUAACGUUGAUCAAGAUAACUGGAAAUCAGUUGGGGAGCGUGUCCAGGAUGUCAUAAAGAAGUAUCCUCGCCUGCGAUUGACUCAUGGGAGGAAGGUUUUAGAAAUCCGUCCCGCGAUCAAUUGGGACAAGGGGAAAGCUCUUGAAUUUCUACUUGAAUCACUAGAUCUCAGCAAUUGUGAUGAUGUGCUGCCGAUUUAUGUUGGAGAUGACCGGACAGAUGAAGAUGCAUUUAAGGUUUUGAGAGAGAGGAACUGUGGUUAUGGCAUUUUUGUAUCAAAAUCACCGAAGGAAAGCAAUGCGUAUUACUCUCUCAGAGACCCAGCAGAGGUCAUGGAGUUUCUCAAGUCCCUGGUGACAUGGAAGAAAUCGAGUGCUUUAUAAAUGUUACAAGGAAUUACAUAAAGAGGAGAAUACUAUAACAUACACAGACAACAUGAAAGGCAUUUUAUAUUCUUAAGUUCACUAGGAAAUACCCUAGGUUGUUUUGAAGCAGAGUUGCAAAGAAGACCUCCAUUAGAGACCUGAGGACCGCCCUGCUUAACUAUUUCCGCUCGGAGCUCCUUGUCCUAAUUGUAAAUUCCCUUCUUUAAUUAUCUUUAGAGCAAUGCCAUCAUGCCCAAGUAUAUUAAUUCCUCCUUUUUUGCCUUCUUGACCUUCAGUUUAGGUCGGUUUACUCCCUAGGGGUUCUAUAUAGAAUCCGGAAUAUUUGUUAAUUCUUUGAGGUAAUAGAGAUGAUUCCUUUUGUACCCUCCUAGUUUUGAGCUUUAAUAUAUAGUUUUUUACUCU